GUUUGAUGUGUGAGAGCCAGCUAGCAAGGGAAAAGGGUAAACAAACGAAUCGCGCGACGGAUCACGUGUUUGGAGGGGAAACGGUCCCCGCCAAUUGGGUCCGCUAUCUCGACCCAAUUGUUCCCGCAGCAACGGCAGUGGCCAGACAGGAGGCAAACAAUGACAACACCUAAAAUGACCACAACGGUCUGACUGCCAUCCAUCCACAAUGCUAUUCAUCCGCCUUGUUCCUCUGGCAAGACCUACCAGACAUAUACACGACGCUUCUCAACUACGACGUCGAUGAUGGAAGGAAGCACGGUGGCAGACCUUGAACGACGUUUGCGAGAGGCGGAGCGACGCGUCGAGCAAGAACGCCAGCGAGCCGAGCAUGAACGCCAGCGAGCCGAGGAAGCGGAGCGAGGAAGGGAGGUGGAACGAGAACGAGCCGAGAAGGAACAGCAACGAGCCGAACAAUCCGAGCGGCAGACACAACCGACUACCCUUGACGAGUACAUUGCCGCUUGCCAUACAUCUGUGUUCUCUCGAUUGUCUGUCGAAACGGAUUCAAAGUUCACUUCCAAGGGCCCUAUAACCAAUCCUCGGGACAAGUGGUGCCCUAGCAAACUCCAACCAUGGUCCGAUUUCCUCGAAAAACAAAGGACCGUCCUUGGUACCCUCAACGCGACCUUCCCGAUCGAAACACGAGUCUUCGAGAACAAGAGCUUCCUAGAAGGGAUGGGAGAACGGAUAUCGAGCCGAAAGAUUGCCGAUGAGAAGACACUGGAAUAUUUCCUCCAUAACAGCGUGGAAGAUCCGGUCCGGAACAUUAUCGAGAAGCUGAAAAAUAACCCCGAGACAUCCAACGCCUUCGACAUGAACCAUGGAAUCGUCUUUGAAAACCAUCCUCAUGCGAUCAGUGACGUGGCCGAGGAAGUAGCCGAUCGAGAAACACCAUCGACACCGCCCAAAACCCCCAACCAGCGACAAGACCCCCACCAGCUACGCGCCGAUCAAAUCUGCAUCUACCGAUCCGACAGUACAGAUUCAUCAGAGCGCACCAUGCUCUACAUCUCCGAGUACAAGCCGCCUCACAAGUUGACGGCUCCUCAUCUUCGUCUUGGUCUCCGUCCAAUGGAUAUCUACAAGGAGGUUGUCAACAGGAGGACAAUCCCAACCUCGGUCGAUGCAGCCGCUCGAUUUCAAUACUUUGCAGAAAGAUUGACAGCGUCUGCCAUCACACAAACGUAUCACUACAUGAUCGAAGGCGGGCUCGAGUACAGCCUCCUGACCACGGGCGAGACGAUUGUGUUUCUUACAAUCGAUUGGGAUGACCCGGGCACGCUCUACUACCACUUAGCUGAGCCUGGCCCGGAAGCGGCGGCGCGCCCAGACCAGUUGCAUCUCUGCUCGUCUGUGGGUCAAUACUUGGCGUUCACCCUCUUGGCCCUUGUAACGCGGACGGUGCAUGGCCAAGAGGAACGACAGAGGGCAACGCAGACUCUGCAUACGUGGGCGGAAGACUUUGAAACAACGGUACGCUCCAUACCCGACAGUGAACGAACUGCGGCAUCGGACGCCUCGUUUAUUCCUGAACCUACAACGUAUCAAGACGUCGACCGGUCACCCAUCUUCCAACGCCUAAGGCGCCGCAUCUUCCCUCAAGACCAGUGUGGUGACCGCCCGUCCAAGGUCAACCAUCCUCCAGAGUCUUCAGACGAUGAUGAAUCGUCUUCCAAGCCACCGGAAACACCGACGCCAAGUGUCGGGGAUGCCGGAGCCCGAAGGAGUCAGCGGAUUCUCGCGCGACGCUCACGCGGAGGCGGAAGCCAAAGGGGAGGCAAAGGGGCGGAUGAUGUUGAAGCUGGGACCGAGGAAAAGACAGAUGCAAUCUCUCUGCGAGACGGUCCUUACUGCACCCAAGCCUGCCUGCUUGGCCUGGUCAAGGGGCAAAAGCUGGACCCUACGUGCCCGAAUGUGGAUCUUCAUCGAAGGAAUGGCGAUCACCAUCCUGUGGAUCAUGCGCAAUGGCUCAGUUUGCUUCAUCGACAGCUCGAACAGUCACUUGACGACGGCAUCACGCCGCUUGGGCAUGGUGGCGCACGUGGGGUCCUUUUCAGGGUGACUUUGCUUGCAUACGGGUACACUUUCGUCAGUAAAGGCACGGUGCGAGCCUUCAUACCGGACCUCGAGCAUGAGGCGGACGUGUAUAAACGUCUCUUACCAGCGCAAGGCAGGAACGUGCCCGUGUUUCUAGGCGUCGUUGACCUUCGCCAGAUGCGGAAAAUUUAUUACUACGAUCACCGAGUGUACGUGGUAUACCUAACAUUCCUAUCAUGGGCAGGAUGCAGCAUCUCGGAAGCAGAGGCGGCGGGCUUCCCAAGGGCCAAGCUACAUCAAAUGGCCAUGCAGUCACUGCGAGCUAUCCAUCGGUAUCGCGUUCGCCACAAAGACGUGCGGGAUGCGAACAUGCUGUUCAACCGGGAAACGGGUGUUAUGAUGAUCGACUUUGAACGAGCUGAGAUGCUCGAUCUGCAACGCCAACCACUGGCGCCAGUCGUUCCAAACAAACGGGUACGGGUGGGGGAGGGUAGACGCGGAAAACAGCUGAGGAAGAUGAAGAUGACCAUGGGCAGGCAAGAGUUUUCAAGCGAAGUUGGGGAGCUAGAAGCAAUCUUUGCUCGGGCAGACGGCUACUACAGGACAUUCUAGAGCGCGUCAGAGACUCUCACGCUGGACGUGGAGAGCUGGUCUAAUCGCAUCGAGCGUUGUGAAAUGCGUACUAAUCAAACAUGAGUACUCUAAGAUCCCGUGGUCCUGCAGACUCGC